AUGCUCAACAGCGGUUUUGAAGAGCCGAAGAGGCGCCCCCUCCCCCUCCAGAACACUGAGGCAAGCACCAGAGGACUCAAAGCUCCAGAUGCCCAAAGGGACCACAAGAGUAAAGGCACCCAAGAGGGGCAACCCACGAAAUCCAACCCCCCACCGAAGGAGGAAGAGAGACAACCCAGAGGAAGUCUACCAGCCACCGCAAUGUCGGAGCCCCCGGGAGCCCCAGGGAUGAGUCCGCGGGCUCUGCCGGCAGGCAGCCACCCCGAAGAGGAUCCGGCCAUGGGCCCCAGGGACCCAAGGCCCCAGGGGCGCCCCACCCCCCAGGGGGAGCCCCAGUCAGGCCCCGGUGGGCCAGGCCCCGUGGGGCAGCCGCCAGGAAUAAGGCAGUACGCACCCGGGCAUCCACCCCCAAACACCGGUGAAACCAGGCGCCAACAGGCCCCGAGACCCCACAGCACACCAGUGGCCCCGGCAGGGCUGGACAGCCACUCGUACACUGACCCAGACCCCAACCAGCAUACCCCACAGAACCCGAACCCACUGUGCCGGGGCACCCGCCCGUGGACAACACACCCUAAGGACCCCCAGACCUACCCUGGACCCACACAGCGGCAGCCCAGCUACCAGGCCAGUAACCCACGUCCGCCACCACGGAACCCUCCAAAGAGCAGGACACCCUGGGGCAUCCCAGGCCCAUCCCUGAUGGAGGCAACAGACUCCGGGGUUAGUUCCGCCGGGCACCUCUAG